AGAUAAUAGUCCACGAGAACUACGUCGACAGUUACUUCUACUUAGGAUACGACAUUGCUCUGCUCCGUACCACAGUUGCUCUGGACUUCAGUAAGGAUGAAGUGGGCCCAGUGUGCCUACCUUUUGAUACCUCAAUAUCUUACGGCGGUGAAAAUGCCAUCAUCGCUGGUUGGGGAAAAACUUCACACGACAGCAACAACCUGCCAGGAUACCUGAUGGAGGCGGAGGUGCCAGUCUGGACCAAUGCAAAAUGCCAUGAAAAGUAUACGAACAUUGAUAUUGACAAUAUCUUGAUCUGUGCUGGAGGUUCAAACAAGGACACCUGCAAUGGUGAUUCAGGAGGUCCACUGAUGUUUAAUAAUAACGGCAACUACGAAGUCAUUGGUAUUGUGUCAUUUGGUGUUGUCUGCGGUGAAUCCAGUUAUCCUGGAGUGUUCACCAGAGUUACCAGUAAGUACAACAUGGGCUCUAUCUCCUGACCUGCAGUGUUCACC